ACAGCCGAAAGAACUUUUUGGUGGUAACGUUACAGGGGUUUUAAUCAUCUGUGGAUGAUCUCCAGCAUACAUUAGAGCGGUUCACAACUGUGUGUCUCAGAAUUGGGUUGAAGGUCAUCUCCAACAGCUCUAGUGAGAUGAUUCUCUCCAGGGAAAAGAUGACCCCAUCUGCAUUCGCCCAGGAAAUGUUCCUGACUACAGAGCAGCGCCUGGCAAAUACACACUCUGUACACCCUCCUCGCAUACUGGAGCUCUUAGAUAUUAGUGACACCACUUACCAGAAGAUUUCCUCUGUGGACAAUGACCAGGCAGUGUUUCAACCAUUCCCUUCAGAGAUUGUGUUCCAGAAUUACACUCCUUCAGAAACGUACCAGGUGCCACUUGUGCUGCGAAAUAAUGAUAAGAUCCCACGACUGGUGAAGGUAGUGGAAGAAGAAUCACUGUAUUUUAAGGUGGUCAACCCUGUAGAUGUGCGCAGCAAGGUUGCUCCAGGGAUGGCUUUGACAUUCACUGUGCUCUUCAAACCUCAGGAGAACAAGGAUUACAUCCACAGAAUAAUCUUUGUGACAGAGAGAGAGCGGUUUGAGGUGCCCAUCCGGGCCAUAGGGCCACGUGCCAUACUGGACUUCCCAGACCACCUGCACUUUUCUGCCUGUCCUGUGAAGAGCCCCUCUGAGAGGAUCUUGCUAGUGCGGAACAUAGGAAAUGCCGAGGCCAAGUUCCAGCUCUGCACAAAGAGCCCUUUCUCCGUGGACCCCUCACUGGGAACCCUGAAGGUUGGACAAAGUAUGCAAGUGACUGUGGAAUUUCUGCCCAAAACAACUGGAGACUUCACACAAGACCUGGUGCUGCAGCACCAUACAGGGGAAGAUAUCUACAUCAGCUUGUAUGGAGCUGCUGUAGAUGUGAAUGUGCAGCUGGACAAGAACUCUAUCAUCAUGGAAAAGACUUACAUCUCCAUGGCCAGCCAGCGUUCUGUCAUCAUAACCAACAGAAGUGAUAUCAUUGUUCACUAUCAGUGGAAGGGCUCUUCUUGUGAAGAGGAAGAAGAGCAACUAAAGCUGAGAUCCUGCUUGGAGUUGCAGCAGCAGGAGGAGGUGAUGAUGGACCAGUUCCUGGCAGAGUGUAAUGCAGACCCCACACUCUGUGGUCACCUCUCAGUACUCUCCCGUGCUUUCUAUGGCCAGCAGAGACAACUGCAGGAGGAGCAUCUGGCCUUUUUUGAUGACUGCAUCAUUAUCAGUCCCUCGGAAGGGGACAUCUGGCCCAACACGACAGCAAUGGUGAAUAUUGUGUUUAAGCCACAAGAGGCCAAGCUCUAUCAGCAGACGGUGUACUGUGAUGUCAUGGGUCGGGAGUCUCGCCUCCCUCUGCGAAUUAAAGGGGAGGGCAUCGGCCCCCAGUUGCAGUUCAAUUUCGACCUUCUGGACAUGGGCAAUAUCUUCAUCAAUUCCAAGCACAGCUAUGAGGUGCUCCUGUCCAACAAGGGGUAUAUUGAAGCCCCUUUUUGCCUGGUGCCCCCCAGUUCAACCAUAGGCCUCUGCUUCUCCUUCGCUCCCAGUGAGGGGGUGCUGCCCCCAGGGGCCUGCCAUGCCAUGGUGGUCUCAUUCUCUUCCCCCAGUUUGGGCACCUUCACUGAGGAGAUCCUUUUCUCUGUGACGGGGAACCCCCAGCCCCUCGUACUCACCUUCAGGGGGUGUGUGAUAGGACCCACCUUUCAGUUCAAUGUGCCAGAGCUCAGUUUUGGGGACGUGUCUUUUGGUUUCCCCCAUACACUGACCUGUUCGCUUAACAACACCUCCCUGGUUCCCAUGACUUUUGACCUUCGUAUCUUGGGCGAUAGCAGUGGCCCACCGAGCCUUGCUGCUGAAGACCAGGUCUUGGAUCUGAACCGAACAGACUGGGGACCCAAGAGCAGCAGGAGGAUCCGGCCAAGAGAGUUUACCUUGAGUCCCAGCUCCGGGAGUCUACGUGCUCAAGGAGUUAUUGAUAUUCAGGUUACUCUGUGCUCCAACAACAUCCAAGUGUAUAAUUUUGCCUUGGUGGUAGAUGUACAGGGGGUGGGGCAGGAGGUGUUGGCUCUGCCCAUCCAUGCCAGAUGUGUGGUACCUAAGGUGCGUUUGGACACUCCUCUGCUGGAGCUCCAGCGGUGCUUUCUUAGUUACCCCUACGAAAAGUCUGUGAGGCUGAUUAAUGACAGCGACCUGCCUGCAUGCUAUGGCCUGCUCUCACAGGAGUGUGAAGAGCAUCCUUCUGUUGUGUACUUCAGCUCCCGCCCACGGGGAAUCCUCCAGCCACACGAAGAGGUGCAGAUCCCAUUGGUACUGCAAGCUAAGACUCUGGGUAGGCUGCAGGCGACCGCUCGUGUGGCCGUGUUCGGCAGCGAAGAGCCGCCUCUGGAUGUGAUCCUGUCAUGUACUGGAGAGGGUCCUGUUGUUCAUGUGCCUGUCACAACGGUGGACUUUGGCAACAUACCUGUGCUGACGGACGUGUGUCAGACAGUGCAGCUCCUUAACCAGUCCCCAAUCCCUGCUGUGUUCCUGGCACAAAUGGUGCGCAGCCGGUCCCAGUUCCACGUGGAGCCCUGUGAGGGUGAAGUGCCCCCAAACGGGGAGCUGCAACUUAGGCUGGUGGCUCACCUGGAUGAUACCACCCACUUCCAAGAUAAGCUGCACCUGGCCAUCCGCCACAGCCGCACUCACAGCAUCCCUGUCUCGGCCAGGGGAAAGGGCACAACCAUUGUCAGCGACCGACCCUUUGCACCAUACCUUGACCUAGGAACGCACUUUAGGUAGAGCCCCUUUGUGUUUUCGGUGGAUGCAGGGGGCUGUAUAUCUCUUACUGACAAUGGAGCAGCAGUGUUCUG